CGCGGCGUGGUGACGCGGGGGCGUCUUGCGUGUGACGUUGCGGCGGCUUUCGUCCUGCUCCCGGUCUCGCCCUCGCCGCCCCUCGGCCUGUUCCGGCCUGUGCCCGCCACCCGCUGCCGCCAUGGCGAAUGUGGCCGACACGAAGCUCUACGACAUCCUGGGGGUGCCGCCCGGGGCCUCCGACAACGAGCUCAAGAAGGCAUACAGAAAACUGGCCAAGGAGUACCAUCCUGAUAAGAAUCCAAAUGCAGGGGACAAAUUCAAAGAAAUAAGCUUUGCCUAUGAAGUAUUGUCAAAUCCAGAGAAACGUGAGUUAUAUGAUAGAUAUGGAGAACAGGGUCUUCGAGAAGGUAGCGGUGGAAGCAGUGGAAUGGACGAUAUUUUCUCCCAUAUCUUUGGUGGUGGAUUGUUCAAUUUCAUGGGUGGUCAGAGUAGAAGUCGUAAUGGUAGAAGAAGAGGAGAAGAUAUGAUGCAUCCACUCAAAGUCUCUUUAGAAGAUCUGUAUAAUGGAAAGACAACUAAACUACAACUUAGCAAGAAUGUCCUUUGUAGUGCAUGUAAUGGGCAGGGAGGGAAGGCUGGAGCCGUUCAGAAAUGUAAUGCUUGCCGGGGUAGAGGUGUACGUAUCAUGAUCAGACAGCUGGCUCCUGGCAUGGUUCAGCAGAUGCAGUCCGUAUGCUCUGACUGCAACGGAGAAGGUGAAGUAAUUAAUGAAAAAGACCGCUGUAAAAAAUGUGAAGGGAAGAAGGUGAUCAAGGAGGUAAAAAUACUUGAAGUCCAUGUAGACAAAGGCAUGAAACAUGGGCAAAGAAUUACAUUCAGUGGAGAAGCAGAUCAGGCUCCAGGUGUGGAACCAGGUGAUAUUGUCCUCUUACUCCAAGAAAAGGAGAAUGAGGUGUUCCAGCGGGAUGGGAAUGACUUGCAUAUGACGCACAAGAUUGGACUUGUUGAAGCACUGUGUGGAUUUCAGUUCACAUUUAAGCACCUUGAUGGACGUCAAAUUGUGGUUAAAUAUCCUCCUGGAAAAGUAAUUGAACCAGGUUGUGUUCGCGUAGUCAGAGGUGAAGGAAUGCCACAGUACCGCAAUCCUUUUGAGAAGGGGGAUCUUUACAUUAAGUUUGAUGUUCAGUUUCCUGAAAAUAACUGGAUUAGCCCAGAAAAGCUUUCAGAACUUGAAGAUCUUCUGCCAGCUAGACCAGAAUUUCCCAAUGUAAUUGGUGAUGCAGAAGAGGUAGAUCUUCAGGAAUUUGAUACCACUCGUGGUUCAGGUGGUGGCCAGAGACGUGAAGCUUAUAAUGAUAGUUCUGAUGAAGAAAGCAGCCAUCAUGGACCUGGGGUACAGUGUGCCCAUCAGUAAACCUUUGUCUAAAAAGUUGCACAAGGAUUUUCUUUCAAAUUUUGCCUGACUUGUUUUCAACAAUCCAGCUGGAUUGUAUACAUAAUCCAGACGAACCAAUGGACAUCUAUUGCUGUAUGUGUAACUUUUAAAUUGGUCUAUAGUAUCUACAGAGUGUAAUUUAAACUAACCACAAGCUUACAUCUUCAUUUUGACUGUGUAGCAGAAUAAAGCACUUGAAAGGAAGACGAGACUCUUUUUCACAUGGGUUUUAAGUUUGUCCUCGUAUCUGUGCUUGAUUUUUACCAGUUUUGUGUAGAUUUUAAGUUUCAUAUUUUAAAUUCAAAUUCUACAUUGUAAAGUUUGUGUACAAUUUGUCCUGAGGCUUGGUAUUUGGCUGCACCUGCAUAAGCUGCUACAAGUAGAAUAAAGAAUUUCAUAGCCUGUAUCUAUCAUCUAGAUGCAUGGUAAAUGGGCUUUGCACAUAAUGGGUUUAGAGCUGACUGGGAACAAUGGAAGACUAAAUUAGAAGUGGUUGUAAGUUUUUUCUACCAUCUUGUGAACGGUUUCUGAAAUUAAAUAAAAGCAGUUGGUGUAUAAUAUA